AUGGCCUCCUACAAGGUCUAUAUCGCGCGGUUCAAGUCGAUGCCCAUCUUCCACGACGCAGUCUACAUCGAAGCGGAACAGGGCAAGGGGUGGAUUUAUCAGGUCAUGGGCGGCCACGGCCCCGGAUGGCAAUACGACGCGGGAGAGCGCGACGAUAUCGAGGGUUCGGGGCAGUUCUACAUGAAGUACGAAAAGGGCACCGUGGCACAGGCCGAUCUGUCCAAAGUGGACGGCAUUUGUCGCGCGAUCCCCGUGCCCCGCAAUCAGGAGAUAGAGGGAGUGGUCGUGCGAAGAGACUGUCGACACUGGGUGCUCGAUGCUCUCGAGCAACUAAAAGAGCACGGUAUUUAUCAGGAGAUCAGCGCAUCCCGGCGCUGA